AUGGGGUUGCUGCUCAUGAUCCUGGCGUCGGCCGUGCUGGGUUCCUUCCUCACGCUGCUCGCCCAGUUCCUGCUGCUCUACCGCAGGCCCCCCGAGCCGCCGCCGGACGAGGCCGCCCGCGCGGGCGACGGCUUCCGCUACCUCAAGCCGGUGCCGGGCCUGCCCCUGAGGGAGUACCUCUAUGGCGGCGGCGGGGCUGAGGAGCCCUCCGGCGGGGCCCCCGAGGGCGGCGCGGCCCCGGGCCCCGAGACCCCCGGCCCGCCGACGCGGGAGACCUGCUACUUCCUCAACGCCACCAUCCUGUUCCUAUUCCGGGAGCUGCGGGACACGGCGCUGGCGCGCCGCUGGGUCACCAAGAAGAUCAAGGUGGAGUUCGAGGAGCUGCUGCAGACCAAGACGGCCGGGCGGCUGCUCGAGGGGCUGAGCCUGCGCGACGUGUUCCUGGGCGAGGCGGUGCCCUUCAUCAAGACCGUGCGGCUGCUGCGGCCCGUGGCGCCCGCCGCCGGCGCCCCGCCCGACGGCGCCGACGGCGGCGAGCUGCCCGCCGCCCCGCCCGAGGAGCUGGCCUUCGAGGCCGAGCUGGAGUACCACGGCGGCUUCCACCUGGCCAUCGACGUGGACCUGGUCUUCGGCAAGUCGGCCUACCUGUUCGUCAAGCUGUCGCGCGUGGUGGGCCGGCUGCGCUUCGUGCUCACGCGCGUGCCCUUCACCCACUGGUUCUUCUCCUUCGUCGAGGACCCGCUCAUCGACUUCGAGGUGCGCUCCCAGUUCGAGGGGCGGCCCAUGCCCCAGCUGACCUCCAUCAUCGUCAACCAGCUCAAGAAGAUCAUCAAGCGCAAGCACACCCUCCCCAGUUACAAGAUCAGGUUCAAGCCAUUUUUUCCAUUCCAAACCUUGCAAGGAUUCGAAGAGGAUGAAGACGAACAUAUCCACAUACAGCAAUGGGCACUGACUGAAGGCCGCCUCAAAGUUUCAUUGAUUGAAUGCAGCAGGUUACUCAUUUUUGGAUCCUAUGACAGAGAAGCCAAUAUUCAUUGCACACUUGAGUUGAGCAGUGGUGUUUGGGAAGAAAAACAAAGGAGUUCUAUUAAAACGGUUGAAUUAAUAAAGGGGAAUUUACAGAGUGUCGGACUUACACUCCGUCUUGUCCAGUCUACCGAUGGGUAUGCUGGGCACGUCAUCAUUGAAACGGUGGCCCCAAACUCACCUGCUGCGAUUGCAGAUCUUCAACGGGGUGAUCGACUCAUUGCUAUUGGAGGCGUGAAAAUCACCUCCACACUGCAGGUGCUGAAGCUGAUCAAGCAGGCUGGUGACCGCGUCCUUGUGUACUAUGAAAGACCCAUUGGCCAGAAUAGCCAAGGGGCAAUGCUGCAAGAUCAGUUUGGACAGUUGGAUGAAAACUUCCUCUCCAGCGCAGGCCAACCAAGUUAUGAAGAGGAAGCAGUGGGGUUGUCACUGGAUACUGAAAACAAAGACCUAGAUUUGGAAUUUGAAGACUUGGCAAGUGAUGUCAGAGCACAAAAUGAGCUCAAAGAUGAGACCCCGUCAGUGAGUCACAGUCCCAAACGUACUCCAACCACACUUGCCAUUAAACCGGUGGGGACUGUAUCACCAGUUCUAAGCCGUAAAUUAGUUGUAGGAAGUCACCCACUACCACCAAAACUUCCAUCCAAAGAAGGAAAUAAACCCUUGGCCCCAAAACCUUCUGAGACAACAGACCCAGCACCAGUGUCAAAACCGACCCCAGGACCUUCUUUCAAACCACCUGUGCCACCACGACCACAACUGAAAGUCCCUUUACCGUCUGCUGACACCCCAAAUCAGGUGGAAGCCGACGUGCUUGUUGAGAAGCCAGAGAAAGUGCCGCCGCCACCUGCUGCAGAUAAAGCUGCCGAGAAGCAAGCAAAAAACUCAGAUCAUCCAGAAGAGGCAGCUGCACUUAAGCAGUUUGUAGUGAAGCCAGAAGUGGCUAAAGAUUUGCCUUCAGAAAGUUCCUGCCCUCCUAAGGACAGUUCAGAUGACCCUCAAACUUGGGAAUCGUCAGAAAUUCCUUAUCGUAAUAAGCUCGGAAAAUGGACACGAGCCAGAGCAACCUGUUUCUUUGACAUAGAAGCCUGCCACCGGUACUUAAACAUUGCACUGUGGGGCAGGGAUCCUUUCAAGUUGGGGGGCCUCAUUUGCUUGGGGCAUGUUAGUUUAAAACUUGAAGAGGUGGCUUUAGGAUGCUUAGCCACAUCAAACAUGGAGUACCUUUCAAAAUUCAGAUUGGAAGCCCCAUCCCCCAAGGCAAUGGCCACUAGAACUGCGCUCCGCAAUCUGAGUAUCCAAAAGGGAUUCAGUGACAAAUUCUGCUUUGGUGACAUCACUAUCCACUUUAAAUAUUUGAAAGAAGGUGAACCAGACCACCUAGUUACUAGCUUAGAGAAAGAAAAGGAACUUCAUUUGGUCGAAGAGGUUUCUGCUCUACCCAAAGAGGAACCCUUUGUUGGACAGAUGGGUUUAGCAGAAAAUAAACAUAGCUUCCAGGACACCCAGUUCCAGAACCCAACGUGGUGUGAUUACUGUAAGAAAAAAGUGUGGACUAAAGCUGCUUCCCAGUGUUUGUUUUGUGCUUAUGUUUGCCAUAAAAAAUGUCAAGAAAAGUGUCUCACGGAGACGCCUCUUUGUGGGGCAAUGGACAGGCAAAUGGAGCGGACCCUGAAAACCUUCCGGCUGGAAGGACAGGAGACCCUCUUAGGCUUGCCUCCUCGAGUCGAAGCCGACGCUAGCAAGUCUGUCAAUAAAACGACAGGUUUGACGAGACACAUUAUCAACACUAGCUCUCGUUUGUUAAAUUUGCGUCAAGUCUCCAAAACUCGCCUUGCGGAACCAGGAACUGACUUAGUAGAACCUUCACCCAAGCAUACACCCAACACGUCAGACAACGAAGGCAGUGACACAGAGGUGUGUGGUCCCCAUAGUCCUUCUCAACGAGGAAAUGCUGGAAUCAAGUUAGUGAGAAAGGAGGGUGGCCUGGAUGACAGUGUCUUCAUUGCCGUGAAAGAAAUCGGGCGUGAUCUGUACAGGGGCUUGCCAACCGAGGAAAGGAUCCAGAAACUGGAGCUCAUGUUGGACAAGCUACAGAAUGAAAUUGAUCAGGAAUUGGAACAUAACAAUUCCCUGGUUAGAGAAGAAAAAGAGACAACUGAUACACGGAAAAAAUCUCUUCUUUCUGCUGCCUUGGCUAAGUCAGGUGAAAGACUGCAAGCCCUUACACUUCUGAUGAUCCACUACAGAGCAGGCAUCGAAGAUAUAGAAUCUUUAGAAAGUCUGUCAGACCAGCACUCCAAAAAAAUAAACAAGUACACAGAUGAUACAGAAGAAGACCUUGACAGUGAAAUAAGCCAACUAAUAGACUCUCAGCCAUUCAGCGGCAUGUCAGACGAUUUGUUUGGCCCCUCCGAGUCUGUGUAACAGGCCAUCUGUUUACAUUCUGAAGUGACGGGAAAGUCGCAUCUAAAACGCCACAUUGAAACCCUCUUUUGUGUACGUUGACCUGCUUCUCCACGGUUAUUUGCUUGUGUAAGAACAAGAACGAAAGAGGUAGGGGGCUUCUUUCCAGCAAAAACAUGACCAGCUCACUAAAUUGAUUGUUUGCAGAGUGCAUUUAUAGCUAUGCUCUUUGGGUUUAUACAGGGAAUUUAUUUUUACUAAUUUAUUUUUAACUUUUUCUAAUUAUGUAAGCUAACUCCUCAUGUUUAUCUACUUGUGCUGCCUCAUCCAGUUCUUUUCCUUCCUCUGGGGUUUUGAAUUAGUGUUAAAUAGGGUGCUGUCCGGUUCUUGGUAUUCUCAUUUCUGUCACUUUUAAACACAGCAUGUUUGCUGCAUGCCCAGAUUGACAGUGGCAAUCAAUGAGGGAACAGGAUUUGAUUUUUUUCUUGUGUUAGAAAAUUUGUCGCCUUCAUUUGCUUGAGAUUUUUUUUUUUUGUUUUUGAGGGGCUUGGGGUGCUUUUUGCUUUGUUUCUGCCAAAUAUCAUAUGAAAGCUGAUCCUGCGGCUUUAUUUAGUCUGGUAUAUUGAUUUAGUAAAAUACAUAUUUGACAUAUGUUGCUGGCCUUCUAUGCUAAUGUGAAGUUUUUUUACCCGAAGUUAUUGUGCAGUUGAAGUUUAGAAAGAAUAAACUGAUUGCUCUAAAGAGCUUACAUUGAAAAACAAAAUGUAAUGGGCAAAUAGUAGGAACAAAAUACAGAAUGCAGCUGGUCAAGAAUUUUAUAAUGAAGGUACCAAGAUUUAAUUGCUGGAAAACAGUAACCAGAAGGAAUUUUUGAGGUACAAUUUUCCACAUGUUGAUGCUUUCCUUUUAAAUGGAAGUUUUAAACAUAUUUUAUUACUUUUCAUCUUUAGCUCUCCCAUAGGAAAUAAAGCAUGUACACAGAUACUUAAAGCUUCAAAGGACUUCUUAAAAUGGCUGUUUUGAUAUCUGGGUUUAGCUGAUUUUGUGUUAGAUACAUUUUCAUAUAGGAAUAUGUGUGAAGGAGAGGAAUCUACAGAAUGUCUUUGUUGCUUAGUCUGAUGUCUUACAUUCGGGCUGAGAGGAAUGAUAUUCACCCUCAAGGACUUCUGUAGUUCAAGUUAGGCUCAUUCAUUAAAAAAGAAAAGUAAGAAAAGUGGGGUAGAUAGGCAGGAAUUGGGGCUAUUUCUCUGAAAAUGAACAUCCAUGGGGGCAAGUCUAAAAGUAUUGCUAUAAAAUCAUGGAAACCUUCAUUAAGCCUAUCAAAUAGGAAGCUAUUGUCUCCCAACAUAUCUGUCAUGUAGGUCUAUAGGCUUCGGAAGGAGGUGUCUCCCCCUCUCGAACCCUCCCCCAGGGAAUUCUGUGUUCUUUGUUUUUAACCACAUCACAAUGGUUGGUCAGUGGUGCCCUCAAAGACCUCGGUCUUCCUUUUGUGUUCCUUUUCAAUGUUUUCGGAACAAAAAGAAGUCUGAAGUGAAAUCAAGGCAGUUGGGUAGAUGGGAUAAAGUUUUGCAACAAAGGUAGACCUUGCUAGCCUUGAAGAUUGAGCCAGGUGCAUUGUCAUGACGGGAAAAAAAUUCUUUGGUGCAACUUCUCUGGCCUUUUCCUCACCAAUGCAGUGUUCCGUUGUCUUAAAAUUUCUUCCUAAUAAGCUCCCAUGAUGAUCAUGUCUUUCAAGAGUGUCUAUCAAGAUAUCAAGACUUUUGUAUCUUAAAAAAAAAAGAGAGAAACUUAUACAGCUUCAAUAAUUUGGAGAAGUGUCCACUUGAAUUUUAUGAAGGGUUUGAUAUUAGCAGAGACCCCAAAAUCCUUUCCCCCCAUGGAACACAACAUACUUUGUUUUUUUAAGGCACCCUAACAAAACCAAGAGAGGUGUAUUACUGGAGCACUUGUCUGCAACUGUCCACUAGUCAUGAAGAUGUUUUAUGUUUAAACACGUUUUGUUUGGAAUAAACCUGUGUGUGUGAUCUGGGACCCUUAUAGCAACACUUUUUGACUUGCCUUCUCCUGUGCUAGUGAGCCCACUCUGGAUCCAGGUAGCCCCUGACCUCUCGGUAUACCAUAAAAGUUUUGACCUUUGGCAUACCCAUGAAAUAGAUAAGAUUUCUCUUUUUCCCUUUUGCAGGUACUACUGUGAUCAUUGGUAAUAGAGUGGAACUGGCAAGGAUUUAAAGCUAGGUGGAAUGGCUUUUACUGCUUUCAAGAGAAGGCAUCAUCUAAUAUUUAGGAUUCGUGCCUAGUUGGAUAGCUCAAGACACCAUGCAAGGGUUUAAGUUGAAGCCCUUUCAUGAAUUAACUACGUACCCAGAGAUCAAUCAGGAAGGAGCUAUGUGCUCUAGCUCCCCAAACUCUGAAAUGGGAAUAAUAAUGUUUACUCUCACUACCUCACAGGAUUGUGAGGAAGACAGCAAAAUUGCAGAAAGUGCUCUGAGAUGUAAAAAGCUAAAUGAAAGUUAUUAUUUAUAUGGGCUGUGAUUUUCAUGUCGAGGUAGAACGCUUAUUUCACUCUAAAGGCAAUAGCCCACUCAUUCUUGUCACUUUUAUUAAUAACCAACGUAAGCAAGUGCACCAAGUACCUUUCUUGGCCAACGUUCCAACAUCUGUGUGCACCUCCUUUUUGGUUCGUUGGUUGGCACGCUUUGCAGUUUACAAGAACAUUGUUAUACAAGACUCUACACCAAACAUUCUGAAAGCUGAAAUGUUGCAUAAAAUAUGCUUCAAACAAUCUGCCCAACAUAAUACCAAGUUUCCUGGUAACAUAAAAAAUAACUGACUGCUGGUACUCUAGAAGGUGGCAUGUCUAUAAGUGACUGGUGUGUAUGGAUUAAACCGUGGAAGUUUUAGUGACAUCCCAGAAUAGUGCUGAAUGGAUGCAUUUGAAAGCUGUAGAAAUAACUCAAAAUUUUGAUUUCAUAAAAAUCUCAUUUUCGAAGUAUUUAACUCUAUAUAGCCCACGAGUAUCUGGGAACUGCAGUAAAGCUAAUGACGCUUGUAAAAUACACAUUUGAUGUAGUGCAAUAUUUUUGUAUUGCUGGGAAGAGGUGGUUAGAGGCAUCACAGCUGUAUGUUAGUGCCAGGGGCGAACCUCGUAAAUGGCCUAAGUAGAGUAAGAUGCAAGGCUUCCACACAAAACUUGUACUUUAUUACAUUCCUGAUGUAAUCUCGCUGCCAUGCUAUGUUGUCAAUAGCUUUAACAAACAAUAAAGACUAUCACAGAAAACAA